AUGGGCCAAACACGAGUCCGCCCCUGGCAUGCCUCCUGGCCCUGUCAAGACGACGAGUCCACCCUCGUGGACAAGGACUCAGACGCCUUGACCCUGUAUCGAUGGGAUGAGCUUUCCGGAGCAGAAAAGGAGAAGUACGAGUCCAUCAAGGGAACUUGGAAACUUUCACAAGAUCACGCCAACUCGAUUCGGUUACCAGCCAGACUCUUCUCGACAUCGCAGUCAGCUUUCACAAGUGCAAAUCACUUCGACGCACCCGAAUUCCUCAAAAUGCGCUUCACCAUCCUCAUCGCCGCAAUUAUCGGCUUCGCCGUCGCGAUCAUGGAUGACUGUACUCCCGGCACGAGGUGCUGUACCGGAACGCAAUGA